UGUGUGUGUGUGUGUGUGUGUGUGUGUGUGUGUGAAGGCGCCACGUCGGCAGAACCAGCAGGGUGAAAAAGAGACCUGCGUAGCUCUGCCUGUAACUGUGAGAGAGGAGAAGUUAGAAAGCAGCAGAUUUAAUGCGAUAAACGAGGAGAAGUAAAACCGUCAGCAGUGUUUCACACACCCAGAGAGAGAGAAACAGACAGAUAGAGAGCAGUUUAUUAAUCUACAGCAGAGUUUGGCUCGCAGGCUGAAACAGGAGCUGCACCAUUCUCAAGUUUCUCUGCUGCCAGGUGUGUUUGUGGGAGAGACACUGGGAACAAUGGUGAAGAAUGUGAACAGCGUUAACGUGGAGCCCCAGCCUGGGACCAGCGUGGCCUCGGACGAAGCCGAACCCGCCUACAGUCAGCCUGCAGAGGACUCUGGUAAGGACCAUGUGGCACCCGCCCCUGGCAUGAUGUGGCGGGUGACCGGCGGCCUCUUCAACGUCACCAAGGGCGUCGUGGGUGCAGCUGUGGGCGGGGUGGCUUGGGUGGGUGGCAAGAGCCUGGAGAUCACCAAGUCGGCUGUGACCACGGUGCCCUCUGUCGGGGUGGGGCUGGUGAAGGGCGGGGUGUCGGCCGUGGCCGGCGGCGUCUCCACGGUGGGUUCGACGGUAGCCAGCAAAGUCCCCUUCACAGCCAAGAGGAAAGACAAGGCUGAGUGAAGAGGAUGAGGAGGAGGAGGAUGGUGAAGAUGAUAAUGAUGAUGAUGAUGAUUAUGAUGAUGAUGGACUUGCCCCACCCUGAGCCAACAAGAGAGGCUGUCAGCUGAUCACUGUCUGCCAAUCAGACUUUCCCACAGGGUCCACAGUUGCCUUCUGAUACCUUUCUCGGUCUUGAACAUAGUUUUUCUCGCCACCACACCGAGAUCGAGACUUUUUCAUGCAAAUACUAUGUUCAAUACCAUAAAAUUCAGUAGUACUGCGAUACCAUGGCAACCCAGAACACCAGCAAAGAAACAUUAAGUCACCAAAAUGCUUCAUAUAAAGUCCCUCAUGUGACCUGGACUGGGUUUUGGAUGGCUCCAGGCAGAUUACAUGGACUGGAAUCCACAUCAACACGUGGUGGACUUGAAUAUUUUUAUCUGUUUACGAUUCAGACCGAGGCUGCUCCAGCCUUCUGUCUUCUCUCUCUUUACAAUCUACACACAUUUGGUGAAAUGUUUCUGAAUUAAAAAUGCUGAUUUUUAGUCUUUUUUUUUUUUUUUUUUUCUUUUUUUUUGCGAUGGUAUUGAAGUAAUAUUGAAGUCUGUGUGAUAAGAAUAGUGCGUGUUUGAGGAAAAAUAAAACAUUUCAGCGUCGGAGGCGAAGGAUCAGCAGCGUUCUUCAGUCUGACCUUCUUUAUCGUUUGGAAGAGCCCGAGGCGGUGUUUGUUUUUACCCAGCAGCUUUGGAUCUGCAUGUAGGAACAAUUCUCUGAAAUGCAUAUCUGAAGACUGUAGACACACUCACAAAAACACCAACGCUGGGCUCAGGUCUUUUCCACAGCUACAUUAUUGUUGAAAUGUUUUGUUUUCCGUAUGUAUGAAAUGUUAAAAAAAAUGCUGUUUCGGACAUUUAAAGUUGAGUUUUAAGACUUAAGAAGAACAGUUUCAGCAGCUUUUGUUUCAUUGACGGUUGUGUGAGAGGGGAAAAAGUGCCCGAUGUUGUCUGAACUGGUCAGUCUCUACCUGAGGGUUAACACUGAACCUGGGCGGAGGCAACAUUUGUGAACGUUUAUAUGCAAUAUCAACAUUUCAAUGCAACAUUUGGAGUGAGUGGGCGCUGUUGCUGAUGGGACUUAACUAUGUGAAUGUCUUGUAUGUGUUUUCUUUUUUUUUUCAGUACAUCAAUAAAGUAGUUUGGAAAGUUAAAUAUA